AUGUUGUCACCAAGCUCACGCUUAGCAAUUUUAGUCCUCCUAUUAUCAGUUUCAUUAGCAGCUUCAGCUUCAUAUGAUGAAAAAUUUGUCCAAUGUCUCAGCUUCUAUUCAGACAAAGCAGCUCCGUUUUAUGCCUUAAUUUACACUCCAAAAAAUGUUUCGUUUUCCAGCAUCCUUGAAUCCUCUGCACAGAACCUAAGGUAUUUGGUGCCUUCAGCGCCAAAACCAGAGUUUAUAUUCACACCCUUGACUGAUUCACAGGUCCAAGUGGCAGUGACUUGCUCAAAGAAACUUGGUAUUCAUCUGAGAGUUCGUAGUGGUGGCCAUGACUAUGAAGGACUCUCGUAUGUUUCUGAAGUCGAGUCCCCUUUCAUGAUUCUUGAUCUGUCCAAGCUUCGCGCCAUUGAUGUUGAUAUAAAAGACAACAGUGCUUGGAUUCAAGCUGGUGCCACUAUUGGAGAAGUAUAUUACAGAAUAUAUGAGAAAAGUUCAGUUCAUGGUUUCCCUGCAGGCCUUUGCACAAGCCUAGGUGUUGGAGGGCACAUCACAGGAGGUGCAUAUGGAUCCAUGAUGAGAAAGUAUGGUCUUGGAGCUGAUAAUGUUCUUGAUGCAAAACUGGUUGAUGCAAAUGGCCAAAUCCUUGAUAGGGAAGCCAUGGGGGAGGACCUAUUUUGGGCAAUUAGAGGAGGUGGAGGAGCAAGCUUUGGCAUCCUUCUCUGGUGGAAGAUAAAACUGGUUCCUGUGCCAGAAACUGUGACAGUUUUUACAGUUACAAGGAGCCUAGAGCAAGAUGCAACAAAGAUUCUCCAUAGAUGGCAGGAAGUGGCACCCUCUAUUGACGAGGAUCUCUUCAUCAGAGUCAUCAUUCAACCAGCCACUGUUGGAAAAAAAACUGAGAGAACCAUCACAACAUCUUACAAUGCUCAAUUCCUUGGAGGGGCUGACAGACUCCUCCAAGUGAUGAAGGAAAACUUCCCUGAAUUGGGUUUGACAAGAAAAGAUUUACUUGAAACUAGUUGGAUCAAGUCUGUGCUCUAUAUUGCUGGUUAUCCAAAUGACACUCCUCCUGAAGUUCUUCUUCAAGGAAAGUCAACAUUUAAGAACUACUUCAAAGCCAAGUCAGAUUUUGUGAGAGAACCAAUACCAGAAAGUGGACUUGAGGGACUCUGGCAAAGAUUGCUAGAAGAAGACAGUCCCUUGAUGAUUUGGAACCCAUAUGGUGGAAUGAUGAGCAAAUUUUCAGAGUCUGAUAUUCCCUUUCCUCACAGGAAUGGAACACUUUACAAAAUUCAGUACUUAUCUCUUUGGCAAGAUGGGGAUAAGAAUGCCACAAAGCAUAUAGACUGGAUUAGGAAGCUUUACAACUACAUGACUCCUUAUGUGUCUAAGUUCCCAAGGGAGGCAUAUGUGAACUACAGAGAUCUCGAUUUGGGAAUGAACAAGAACAGCACAAGUUACAUACAGGCAACUUCUUGGGGCAAUAUGUAUUUCAAAGAUAAUUUCAACAGGUUGGUGAAAAUAAAGACCAAAGUGGAUCCUGAUAAUGUGUUCAGGCAUGAGCAGAGUAUCCCACCACUUCCAGUUUCAGGUAUGAAGCUACAAGACAAGAAAAGCAAGACUUGGGAAUGA